AUUAUCAUGUUGGGAGAGAGAAAUACAGAACAUUCGUAUAAAAAGAGACAUCCAUUAAGCUGUUGGCAUGAAAAAGCUAUGUCAUCAACAAUGAUCUUCUUUCUUCGUACCAUUGUUCUUCUUCUCUUCUCCACUUCAAAAUUUGUCAGCAAUUUUGCUUCUCUUACACCUGACCUUUGUCAUCCGGAUGAGAGAGAUGUUCUUCUCCAGCUCAAGACGGAGUUCAAGAUUCUGAAGCCUAAUGAUGACUGUAUCACUUCUUACCCGAAGACGGAGUCAUGGGGGAACAGCGGCACCGACUAUUGUAACUGGGACGGUGUAACUUGCGAUAUCAAGUCCGGGAUGGUGAUUGUUCUCGACCUUAGUUGCAGCUGUCUUUAUGGUCCCUUCAAAUCCAAUUCUAGUCUUUUCAGACUGAAACAUCUCAGAAGUCUGAACCUUGCCUACAACAACUUCAAUCUGUCUCCAAUCCCAGCUAAGUUCAAUAAUCUCAUCUUGUUAGAAACACUAAACCUCUCAAGUUCUUCACUGAAAGGUCUUAUCCCAAGAGAAAUUCUCCAGCUCACCAAUUUGGUCUCUCUCGAUCUAUCUUUUUGUGAUUCUUUGUCCAUUGAAAACCCACCAUUGUUUCUCCGUCUACUUGCUCAAAACCUGAGGAACCUUAGAGCCUUGGAUAUGAGCUUCGUUAACAUAUCUUCAGAAAUCCCCCACGAGUUUUCAUACAUGCGCUCUCUAAGAUAUCUAAGUCUUAGGAGUUGCUAUCUGGUUGGAGAGUUUCCAAGCAGUGUUUUCCUGAUACCAAACUUACAGUCUAUUAUAUUGUAUUCAAACCUAAACCUGAGAGGCGAACUUCCUGUUUUUCAGAGGAACAGCUCUCUGCAAGUCUUAGGUAUUUCCGUUUCAUCGUUUUCAGGUAUCAUACCUGAGUCCAUCGGCAACCUUAAACAUUUGGUUUCGUUGACCCUUGAAAUAUCCAAUUUCUCUGGGAGGAUUCCAUCUUCACUUGGUGAACUUUCUAAUCUAUCAACUCUCAGUCUUUCCCGCAAUCAUUUCAGAGGUGAAGUACCAUCUUCAAUUGGCAAUCUAAAACAGUUGAUCAGCUUUGAUGUUCCCAGUAAUCAGCUCACUGGAAAAUUUCCAUCUGUACUACUCAACUUAACCAAACUACGUGGUAUAGAUCUCAGUGCCAACCAGUUCACAGGCUUCCUCCCACCUAACAUUGGCCAACUCUCCAAAUUGGAAAGCCUUGUCGCAGAUGAUAAUUAUUUUACAGGAGCAGUUCCUUCAUCCUUGUAUCAAAUCUCUUCAUUGAUCACAAUCUCUUUGGCGAGAAAUCAACUCAGUGAUCUUGUUGACUUAAAUGUUUUCUCUUCUCUCAAACAGCUAGUAAUACUAGAUCUUUCGGGUAUCCCUGUUUCAACAUCAAACAUCACUUCUGAUUCUGAUUUUUCAUCAAAUUUCGGGGAUUUGUCCUUGUCAGGCUGCAACAUCACUGAGUUUCCUGAGUUCAUAAGAAACCAGAGAAAUCUUAAUUCUCUAGACAUGUCCAAAAACAGCAUCAAAGGUCACGUACCAGACUGGUUAUGGAGUCUACAAGAGUUGCACAAUCUGGAUCUUUCUCACAACUCCUUAUCGGGUUUUGAUGGAUCCUUGAAAGCUGUAUCUGGAAGUAAGAUCAGUAUGUUAGAUCUAAGGUCAAAUGAUUUCCAGGGGAAAAUCUUCAUCCCAUCCACAUCUGUAACCUUCUUGCUUGCUUCGAGCAAUAACUUCACUGGAGAGAUACCUCUAUCCUUAUGUAGUGCACAAUUCUCUCCUACCAUCAUUGAUCUAUCAAACAACAACUUCCACGGCUCAAUCCCAAGGUGUUUAGGGGUUGAUAUAAGUUUUCUUGAGGAUCUAAAUCUUCGUAACAAUAGCCUCACCGGAAGUAUUCCUGACAUGUUCAAGCAUGCCUAUGAGCUAAUUUCGUUUGAUGUCAGCCACAACCGACUGGAGGGGAAAAUUCCUUUAUCUCUUACCAAUUGUUCUGCUCUGGAAGUUCUGAAUGUGCAGAGCAACAAAAUCAACGACACAUUUCCGUUCCAGUUGAGUUCCUUGCAGAAGCUACAAGUUCUUGUCCUCCGAUCCAACAAGUUUCAUGGCAUGUUGUAUCAAUCCGGUGGGGCUUGGUUCGGGUUUCCUCAGUUGAAAAUAAUUGAUGCGUCACAUAACGACUUCUUUGGCACCUUACCAUCUGAUUACUUCCUCAACUGGACUGCAGUAUCUUCGAAUGAAGAUAAAGAUACACAAGCGCACUAUAUUGGGGGUUCUCUUGGCUAUGGCUACUACACUUCCCUUGUUUUGAUGAAUAAAGGAGUAUCAAUGGAAAUGGAACGUAUCCUCACAAUCUAUACAGCAAUUGAUUUUUCUGGAAACAGAAUCCAUGGACAAGUCCCUGAGUCCAUCGGUCUGUUGAAGGAACUCCAUGUUCUCAAUCUGUCAAGAAAUGCUUUCACAGGACACAUCCCACCGUCUUUGGCUAACGUCACUGCACUGGAAUCACUGGACCUAUCCCAAAACAAGCUUUCUGGUGAGAUCCCUCCAUCGCUCGGGGACCUCUCUUCUCUUGCGUGGAUAAAUGUUUCACAUAAUCAACUCCAAGGUUCAAUACCACAGGGUACACAGUUCCAGCGACAAAACUGCUCUUCAUACGAGGGAAACCCCGGACUUUAUGGUCCUUCUCUUAAGGAUAUUUGUGGAGAAUCAACACCACCAGAAUCUGAAGUGCCAGUGUCAUCAGAAGAAGAAGAAAAAGAGGAAACUUUGAGUUGGAUGGCAGCAGGGUUAGGCUUUGCACCUGGAGUUGUACUUGGAUUUAGCAUCGGAUACGUAGUGGUCAGAAACAAGAAACGGGGCACUCGUUAGCUCAUAUCUCACUCUCCUAAACGUUAUUCUGUUCUUUAAAGUUAUUAUAUAUUUCUUGUAUUGCAAAACAACAAUAGUGAUAUAUCAAGUUCUAUGUAGUAUAUAUAGAACCUUGUCAAGGCCUCUUGAUCAGAGGACAAGUGCUUGGUUCUUUUUUGUGGGGUUACUAUGUUUAUGUUCCAUGUUUAUUUUGUAUAAAUUCAAUAUGUUUGCAUUUGUCACUGUAAGCAUGUAAUACUAAGUUUGGAUUUUGGGUUAAGUAGUUUCAUAUAAAAUAAUUCCA